CUGAAAAGCAAUUCCCUUCUCUGACCUCAGCCAACCCAUGGCCGAGUCUUCGGAUAACCUUCGUCUCUUGCCGGCGGCCAAGCCUCCAGAGACAUGCUCCAUUGAGAUCUCGUCGGAUGAUAAAAGCGAUGUGUGUCUGCGGGAUCUCGCUGCCAAUCGCGAUUCCUUCCGUAGCAGUCUGGCCAGUACGUUGCCGAAAGCUGCCGAUCAUGACGAUCCCCCCGACGUGCCCAUGCCUACGACCAAACCGAAACGGCGAUGCUCGUUGGUGUUUGUGACGCUGAUCGUCCUGGCCGUCUAUACCACCCUCCUGUCCGGUCUGUUCUUUGUCGUCGCUUGUGUCAAGCCCUUCUAUGGUCGACUCAUUGGCAGCAACGGUGGUCUGAAUGCCUCCACCGCGUCCCUGCUUAGUGCCUUGCUGGCCAAAACCAUCGAGCUGUCCUAUGUCACUGUCUGUGUCGCCUUUCUCGGACAGCUACUCAGCCGUCGCGCCCUCGCCCAUGGAUCCGAAGGGGUGAGCAUUGCCGACAUGACCCUGCGCACUUGGAUCACGCAGCCAGGCUCCCUGCUGAUGCAGUGGGAGACACUCCGCUCCGUCGGCUGGACGACCCUCGGAGCCCUGACCCUCAUCGUCGCCCUCGUGGCGAUGCUCUACACCACCGCCGCCGAAGCCCUAGUCUCCCCCAGCCUCGUCAUGGGUCCUGUCGAACAUCGAGUCCUUCAAGGCAACGUGUCCACCCAAUACUCCAACACAUACUACCUCGAAGACGAAUGUCAAACUCCGAUCACCUCCGCCAUUGAUCCCACCGAUUGGAAUGCCACCUGUCUCGCCAUGGAGAUGGCCGGCCGCGCAUACCAUGAUUUCUACCAAUACCUCCAAGGCUGGGCGGAGCUUCUCGACGACGGCAACGCCACGUCCUCCGUGCUGGCCUAUCGUCCCCAGCCCAACGCCCUCCUGUACGACAACACGACCGUGCAAGGCCGCUGGAUCGAAACCACCAACAUGACCCAAGUGUCCCAGCAAUACGGCCGCAUGGUCAACAAUGUCACGGCGGCCUAUCCCCACAGCGGCAUCUUCUCGGCGGCCCGCGACCCGGCCAACCACAUCCAACAACCCUCCGACCUCUCGGGUGAAGGCAAAUACAUCCUGUCCGCCUCGGUGCCCUCCCCCGCCGUCAACAUCCUCUGCGCCGGGGCUUCCCACGACGAACUCCUCCCCCUCAUCUACACCGAAUGGCCCAACCAUGACCCCUUCAACGCCUCCACCUGGUACACCUCCGCGCCCACCUACUCCACCACCAACACCACCGCCCUGGACACCCUCUUCUCCUUCUCCCCAACCGUCCCCGCGCCCGUCUUCCCCAUCUACCCCCAACCCUACAACACCAUCAUCAACCCCAAAGUCCCCAACACGACCGCCAUCUACCUCCUCGGCGCCGCCCCCCCCACCACCACCCACCAGCCCCCCUAUAUCCUCUGCUCCAUCCGCGGCAAACUCUCCGGCCUCUGCUCCACCCGCUACCAAGUGGACUCCUCGGGCGGCGCCCUCACCUCCCACUGCGAAGACCCCUCCGACCCGCUCCAAUACCGCCGUCUCCACCCGACCACCUCGGAAUCCACCUACAACAUGAACUACAAAAGCGUCGCCUGGGAAUGGGCCGACUCGGCCACCCUGGGAUCCGGCAUCAUGGGCGACGACGCCAGCAUCGAGCGUCUCCUCAUGGAAAUGAUCCCCCCGUUCGACCCCACCACCAACACCUCCACCCUCGACCCUACCCUCCCGUCCCUGUCCGAAGCCCUGGUCGUCCUCGCCGGCACGACCCUCCUCCUCGGGAGCCAGGAUUCGCCCUUCGUCCCGUACUGGAAUUAUACCCCGUCGAGCUUGGCCACCCCGGCAGUACAGUACUUCAACGCGACGAUUCAAUCGGCGGGGUAUGCGUCGGGACGAACGAGUGAUUGGCAGCAGGUGUUUUAUGUGAUUCUGGCCGUGGUGUUCCUGACGAGUGUGCUUUGUUUGGGGUUUAUGGUCCUGCAGGUACGGGGGCAGUUGGUGACGGAUUUCACGGAGCCGCCGAAUCUGUUUGCCCUGGCGGUGAAUAGUCCCGGUGGGGGGGUGUGGACGGGGGAAAGGGAGGGGAGGGCACCGGGACCGAAGUUACGGGAGAGGUGGUAUGUCGGGGUGAGGGAGGAGAGUGGGCAUUAUUUUAUUCGGACGCGGAGGGAGAUGGAGGUGGAAGAUGGGUUUGGAGCUGGUUGAAAUGAUGCAGCUGGGGUGAGGGGUGCAUGGUUGGUGGUAUUUUAUGGCGUUGGGUAGGUUACCAGAGAAAUAAUUGAUUACAGGUUAGUACUCGAACAGAAGACAUGGGCAGAUCCAUGCUAUAAACUUCAUCCACAGUCGAAAUCCUCCAUAAUGCCCACCCGACCAAAAUACGCACACACGACAAACUAUAACGUCCAAGCCACCUACAUGUAAACGAAUGUCCUUUCCUGGGAGGAAUC